UCACUUGAGUACGUAUGUAAAUGGAGACUGUACUUAUAGUACACAUAUAAACAACAAAAACAAAACACACAUGUAAACAUAUAUUUAUAAGUACAGUAAAAGUUACUACAAAAGCAAUAGAGAGACAACCUGCGAAAAUUUAUUAAGAUUUAGAUAUUUUACUAUAUAAAAUAGUUUUUUAUAGUGAAAUUUAUUCUCCACGCAUAUAUCUACAUGUGCUUAAGUUAUAUAGACGGUGUUUCAUAUUUUCAAGAAACGAACGUUAACCUAAAACAAAGUUGACUAAAAUAAUUUUCAUUUGCGCUCUUUAUUGAUAAAAACGCAAAUCAAAAAUUAGAGUGAUAUAAAUUACGGUCUAAUUUUUGUUUUACUUGAAUUGAAAAAUUUACCAAAUAAAAAUGGUAAAAAUCGGAUUAAAAUUUAAAGCAUCUCUAGAAAACAUUCAAGAGUUAAAUUCAAAAGAUGAAAACUUUCGGUGGUAUCUGAAAUUUUCUUGCUCCGGAUGCUCAGAAGAAACAGACAAAUGGAACUAUUUAUCUUUAAACGAAGUUGUUGAUAGUUAUCACGGUGCUGUUAGUCAUUUCGUAUGCAAAUGUAAAUCCUGCAAACGCACUAAUACCGUCACAAUUAUUGAAGACUCAUUGAAAGCCUACACUGCUGAGGAUGAAGGAACGUUCAAAACCAUUGCUGUAUUCGACUGUCGAGGAUUGAACCCCAUUGAUUUCAAAUCUGGUGAAGGAUGGGUAGUCAAGGCUGUCAACAAUGGAACGGAGUUCGAGAAUGUUGAUUUGAACGAAGGCAGCUGGUCUGAGUACUGUGAGAUCAUCAAGCAACCAGUCAGUGUCGAUGACAUUGAACAUUCAUUUGAAAAAAUUAAAUACCAAGGAUUAAAUAAUAAAUGUUAAAGAAUUGUUAUCAAUUAUCAACAACGACAUAAUAUAAUUUAUUAAUAAUCAUAUACAAAAAAACCAUUCAUUAUUUUAUGAUAAAUUGUUCGAGACAGAUCAAACUUAUUGUUUAUGAUUGUAACAAUAGUCUUUGAUAAAUUUAUCUCAUUAGUUUAUAAAUUACUUUUUUCUACCCUGCACUGUCCGCCUGAUGACUAAAGACAAGUCCGAGCAGGGGAAUACUUGAAAAACCAAUUUUUUUUUUUUUUUUUUUUUUUUAUAAUUAUUAUUUUUUGUUUGAAUUUGGUGAAUUUUGAAAUGGUAAUGUUAUUUGGAAUGUAUUAAAAGCAGCCAACAAUAAAUUUUUUUGGUAACUA